GUUUGAAAAGAAAACAUAUAGUAGUAUGUGGCAUAUGGGACCCAUCCAAGGACAAUAAGGAAGUGGCACGUAUGGAGUAAUGAGAGACACACGAAUUUGUUGGGACAUUGAAGCUAAAGAAAACCUCAUCUCUAUCUCUUCUCCUCUCCACUCGUCCCUGCAACACCACCACUUCAAACUUCACACCCAGUUUUUUUCUUUCUCUUUUCUUUUUAGCGAUGGCUUAUAUAAAAUCUUGUAUUUCUUAUUCUGCUUUACCCUUCUUCCAACGGAGGGGUCUACCACCUGCCUCUUCUUCACCAUUUCAUCACACAGGAACAUUCAUUCCCCAAUGUUUAACACCAAAAAUAUUAAGUGCCAAGUUUUCAAAGAAUGUCAGAUUCUCUAUUCCUAGAAGUACUACUUCUUCUUCUUCAAACUCCACUGAUGAUGAUGACACCAUUAAUCAGACUAAGACUAAGAAAACACCAUUUGGAUAUUCAAGGAAAGAUGUUAUAUUAAUUGGACUUGGUGUUACUUUUCUUGGCAUUGGCUUAAAAUCCGGAUUAGAGUAUGUUGGAGUUGAUCCACUACAAGCAGGAAAUGUGGUUCAACUUGUGCUGGUUUUGGGUCUCACAAUUGGAUGGAUCUCAACAUAUAUCUUUAGAGUUUCAAACAAGGAAAUGACUUAUGCGCAGCAGCUUCGCGAUUACGAAAGCAAAGUCAUGGAGAAACGAUUAGAGUCCCUGACAGAAGCAGAGCUAGAAGUAUUGCUUCAAGAAGUCGAGGAAGAGAAGAGUCGUUAGCUAUAGCUAGUGUGAUGAAGAGGUGAAUCGAAGUAGUUUGUUUGUGUAUAAAGAAUCAAGUUUUACAGCAGUAAUUAAACAGAAAUGAUAAUCUCUCUAUAUGGACUAGUUUAGAAAGGUUUCUGCUAUUUUUGUUACAGUUCACUCUCUCAGACAAAAAAUAUAGAGAAUUCCAAAAGUAUAGUGUUUGGUAUCUUAGCAAUAUGUAUUAUUAUUCGCAAAACACAUACAAAAGGGACACAUUUUAUGUGUGAAGAUGUAAAUCAUACAUAACUAGGUGUUUGUUAAUCAUUGCACUAUAUGAAAAUGAAGUUUGCCAUAAUUAUUGGUUA